AUGCAAGAUGCAUCCAAUUGGUAUCGCUUAACAACAGAUUCAUUAAUUAAAACAUGCAAAACAAGUAUUGGAUCACUUUUAUGUGGACAUCAAUAUCAAUUUCGAAUUUUGGCAAGAAAUUCUGUUGGCCUUUCACAACCUUCAGAUCCUUCUCCUCUUGUUACUAUUGGAGGAGUAGGGAAUCAGGGAGGAUCGAAGGAAACAACUAAAAAUAAUUUAAUACCUUUAAUGGAAGAAAUGUUCGUUAGAGAAUCACCUCCAUUGCCUGAUAGAGAUGAUUCUCCUCCACCAAUAUAUCGCCAAUCAGAAUCUUCAUUACAAUGGAGAGAUCCAACAUUAAAAGAAGUUAUCGAUUAUUUAAAAAGUCCAGAUCCAAAUUUAGUGUUGGAUGCUUCUGGUUAUUUACAACAUUUAACAUUUAAUAAUGAUUUAAUUAAAGAAGAAACUAGAAAUUAUGGAGGCAUUGAAUGUUUAAUUAAUUUAUUAAAUUCUUCAAAUCAAGAAAUUUUACGUAAUGUUUGUGGUUGUCUAAAAAAUUUAGCUUUUGGCAAAUUGAAUGAUGCAAAUAAAAGAUUAAUUUAUCAAAAGAAUGGGUUAAAGUCACUUGCUCAACUAUUAAAAACUUGUCAAAAUUCACUUGUUCAUGAAGAAGCUACAGGUGCUUUAUGGAAUAUAUCUUCGGCAGAUGAAUUAAAAGAACCUAUAUUAAAUCAAACAGCCGAAGCUGUUAUUAGACAUGCUGUGCUUCCUUCUUGGGAAAUACUAUCCAACCAACAACAACAGCAACCUACUAGUUCUUCUAUUCAAAUUAAUCGUAAUCCUGUAGCUAUUGUUUUUAGAAAUGGAACUGGAAUUUUGAGAAAUAUUUCUGCUGUUAAUGAUCGAUCUCGCCGUUUUCUUCGUUCAACACCCGGAUUAGUCGAAACACUUUUAAAUUUUUUACAUUUUGCAACCUUAAAAAAUCAAUUAGAUACUCGAAGUUGUGAAAAUGUUAUUUGUUUAUUAAGAAAUUUAAGUUAUAGAAUACAGGAAGUUGUUGAUAGUAAAUACGACCCAAAUAAAAUUAAAUAUUCAAUGAUGAAAGAAAAGGAGAAUGUAAUUAAUGGAGGACAAUUAUCUCCUCGUUCUAAUGAAAGAAGUAAAUCAGCACCUUCUGGAAGUCCAAAAUUAGAUAUUACACCAAACAAGAAAGGAGGAAAAUUUUUUAGUAGAAGAAGAAAAAAAUCAGAAAUUGAGCUUUCUAACAGUAACAAUAAUAAUGAAAAUGUUGCAACAUCAAUAUCAGGUCCACAAUUACUUUGGAAUCCUUCAACAAUUCGUUUAUAUUUAAAAAUUUUGGAAGAAUCUGCCAAUUGUGAAAUUUUAGAAGCUUCAGCUGCAGCAAUACAAAAUUUGGCUGGUUGCCCUUUUUAUGGGUCUUUAUUAGUUCGAGAAACUGUUAGGAUAGAAAAGGGUUUACCUAUACUUGUUGAAUUACUUCGUCUGAGAGAAGAUAGGGUAGUUUGUGCUGUUUGCUGUGCUUUGAGGAAUUUGGCUUUGGAUAAACGCAAUUUAGAAUUAAUUGGAAAAUUUGCCUUGUCUGAUAUUUUAAUAAAAAUUCCAACUUAUCAAGAAUUAGAAUUAAUUAAAGAACAACUACAAAAACAACAACAACAACAAAUCCCUUCAGAUUCAACAUUAAAUGCAAUUUUAGGAAUUCUUUGGGAAAUUGUUAGAUUAAAUAGUGAAAUGGCUAAAUUAGUACAUUCAACUAUUGAGGGAACUGAACGGCUACGAGCAUUAGCUAAAUCAUAUCCCAUAUAUGGACGUAAAACGUGUAAAUAUGCAACUCAGGUUUUAUAUAUGAUGUGGCAACACAAAGAAUUACACGAAUUAUUUAAAGAAUCUGGUUUGGAAGAAUCUGAUUUUUAUAGUGGAACAACUACUUCAAGUUUAAAUAAAUCGAGAUCAACAAGUAAAGAAAUUAUUUCUUCUAAACAACAACAACAACAUUAUUCACCUUCUUCUUUAACUACUACUUUAGCUAGACCAUUCUCUUCUCAAGGAAUGGAGCGACCUACAAAUUUAUUAUUAACACAACAAACAAACAACAAUAAUUAUGAAACUCUCAAUAAUACUCCAACGUCUAAAUCGGUUUCUGUCAGUCCAUACCAAUCCUCUCUAAUUCAACAACAACAGCAACAAUUAAUUAGACAAACACCCCCACAAUUUAAUAAUCAAAGAAAUAAUAAUAAUUUUCAAAAACCUCCAAUAGAUCAAUUAUAUUCUUCUGUUCAAAAAAAUAACGAAAAUUUACAAAAACAACAAAGAAGGCAAUCUAUAGAUAGUUGGGUUUAG